UAUUGGGCGCCAGUCGCCGUUUUCAUUUGUAGCUAACAGCAAUACACGACAAUUUACUAUGGACGUUUCAAAGUGAACGACAAAGACCCGAAUAAACUUAUUUUUUUGGGGGUUUUUCUAUCUACGGUUGUUUCCUUGCAAGACGAAGGAUAUACCAUGAAUCUGGAAUUGCUCGAGUCUUUUGGACAGAAUUACCCAGAGGAGGCCGAUGGCACCCUGGACUGCAUCAGUAUGGCGCUCACCUGCACCUUCAAUCGCUGGGGCACUCUGUUGGCCGUGGGCUGCAACGAUGGCCGCAUCGUCAUCUGGGACUUCCUCACACGCGGCAUUGCCAAAAUUAUCAGUGCGCACAUACACCCGGUGUGCUCGCUUUGCUGGAGCCGGGAUGGCCACAAACUGGUCAGCGCUUCCACGGACAACAUUGUGUCCCUGUGGGACGUACUUACCGGCGACUGUGACCAGCGGUUCCGCUUCCCCUCGCCUAUUCUCAAAGUGCAGUUCCACCCCCGUGAUCAGAACAAAGUUCUUGUGUGCCCCAUGAAGUCUGCGCCAGUUCUGCUCACUCUAGCAGACUCCAAGCACGUGGUCUUGCCUGUGGACGAUGACUCGGAUCUCAACGUCGUGGCGGCCUUCGAUCGGCGCGGAGAGUACAUCUACACUGGCAACGCCAAGGGAAAGAUUCUCGUGCUAAAGACGGACAACCAGGACCUGGUUGCGUCUUUCCGUGUGACAACUGGGACAAGUAACACCACUGCCAUCAAGUCCAUUGAGUUUGCACGCAAGGGCAGCUGCUUCCUCAUCAACACGGCCGACCGCAUCAUCCGAGUUUACGAUGGGCGCGAGAUCCUCACCUGCGGUCGUGACGGGGAGCCAGAGCCUAUGCAGAAGCUGCAGGACCUGGUCAACAGGACCCCCUGGAAGAAGUGCUGCUUCUCAGGGGAUGGGGAGUACAUCGUGGCAGGCUCGGCCCGGCAGCAUGCACUCUACAUCUGGGAGAAGAGCAUCGGAAACCUCGUCAAGAUCCUCCACGGCACGCGGGGAGAGCUGCUGCUCGACGUGGCGUGGCACCCGGUGCGGCCCAUCAUCGCUUCAAUCUCCAGCGGCGUUGUGUCCAUCUGGGCCCAGAACCAAGUGGAAAACUGGAGUGCCUUCGCACCCGACUUCAAGGAACUGGACGAGAAUGUGGAGUAUGAGGAGAGGGAGUCAGAGUUUGACAUUGAAGAUGAGGACAAGAGCGAGCCAGAGCAGACAGGUGCUGAUGCUGCGGAGGACGAAGAGGUAGACGUGACCUCCGUUGACCCCAUCAUGGCCUUCUGCAGCAGUGAUGAGGAGCUGGAGGACUACAAGGCUCUGCUGUACCUCCCCAUCGCACCUGAGGUGGAGGAUCCCGAGGAGAACCCCUUUGGACCCCCACCCGAUGCCACCAACCCUGAAGACAGCUCAGUGAGCGGGGACAAGAAACAGCGGCAGCCCUCUGCAGAGGGAGGCCCGCCCAAGAAGAAGGCUCGAACCACAAACAUCGAGCUGCAGGGUGUCCCCAGCGAUGAAGUACACCCUCUGCUGGGCGUGAAAGGAGACGGCAAGUCCAAGAAGAAGACCGCAGGGCGGCCCAAGGGAUCGAAAGGUAAAGACAGGGAUUCCCCCUUUAAAAGCAAGCUCUUCAAGGGGGACAGGGGGUACCCUCUGGAAGGAGGCGGAGCGAAGGGCAAGGUGCAAGCAGAGACGGGACAGCCGGCCACAGGGAAUUUGGUGCCACCAACAUACAAGCAACACGAUGUCCAGGGUUUGGAUUGAGUGAACAAAUACAGCGCCCCCUGUUGGAACGAGCGGGGACAGCACCCUCUUGGACGCUCGGCAGACGAUGCCCGAUUUUGACUGCUGUCCUCUGUCUCUGUGGUUCAAGUGUGGCAUUGGGCUUAGGGAGGGGUUAAAUGGACGCUCGAGCCACGCUGACCAAACCUGCAGCCUGUCUCACGCUGACCCCACCCCGCCCCACCCCACUCCACUGCAAGAGUGCCAGAGUGCGUGGGAGACCUGAAGAUGACCACAUCCGCGUGUCACUGCCGUCCUUCUCUGGGGUGUUUCGGACUGCGGGCCUCGUCUCUUCGCAGGAAGCACUAAACACAAAUGAUUCUGUUUCCAGCUUUCAAAAAAUGGACAUUUUCAGCAGCUUCCUGCUCUUGUAUCUAUUUUUUAUUUGUUGUUGGGUUAAGAUGUGUUUUUCGGUCAGAAUGAUCUUUUUAGUCUUCUGUAAUCUGUGUAAAAUUCCAAAUGGGAAAUACAGCAAAAGUUUAGAAUAAACUGCA